UCCUCGCUGCAAUACCAGGGGCAUAUUUGAAGUCUUGAAGAAACUGUACAUGUUCUGUUGACCCUCUGCUCACUCAACCCUCUGCUCGACCUGCCCAUGUUGCUCGACCAGGUCAAGCAAACUAGUUGAAGAUACUUAUCUCUCGCUCGACUGGCUGCUCGACCUGAUAAUUAGUCGUAGCUGCUGACUUUAUAUUCGCGCGGGCUGUUUUUCAAAUAGUGAUAUUAUUAGUUAUCCCUUGUUUUCAAAACCUAUUAAAGGCUUAUGCUCAUUUGUAACAUCAAGGAAGAUCAUUUGAUCUAAUCAAUUGGGAUUUCAACAGUGUGAGUGCCACAAUCAAAUCUUAGGGUUUCUAGUGAGAGAAUUUUGGUGAUUCCUUCAAAGAUUCAUGCUAGGGGGUUCUUCAUUAGUGAGUUUGGAUUAUACAUUUGUAAUCAAGAAACUCUUAAUCAAUCAUUCAAUUGUUUGGGCAGGGUUUUAUAGUCUAAUAUCAAAUUGAUAUUAGGAUUUUUCCCACCUUCCAAAUUUGAGUGUUCUUUCUUUAGGUUUUGCUAUUCUUUAUUCAUUUAUUUGUUAAGUAUCUUCAUCUACAAUUUUAAUUUACUACAGUAACAUUAACCGGAAAGAGCUAAAUUUGACAAUUUAAUUAAAAAUCUAAUGGUUGGGGGAUGAAAUUGGUAUGGUUCUGAAAUUGAUAAGGUAGUUGGAUAUUUUUCAAAAAAAGAUUCACUUCAGUUCUGCACAAAGAACAAAUCAUAUUUUUGACAAAUAAUUUUGGAACACGGUGUUUUGUGGAUUAUGCUGUCAAAUUGAGAACAUGAGUUUUCUAUUCAUUUACGAAAUGUGCAUUUUUUUAGUGACGUGAAGUUCAUUCUCUCCUUUUAAUAAAAAAUAACCUCUGUGAUUAAAAUUCUCAACAGUAAAGUUGAAUACAUCGGACCCUUAAAUUUCACCUAGGUGGUAGCCAUUUAGUGGCAAUGGGUGAUGGAAUGUUGUUGAUUUUGAAAUGAUAAUUGAAACUAUUGGUUGAAGUUCACUAGAUUUCGCAACAGGAAAUAAAAAAUAUGCCCUCAUUGUCAGGUAAGUAAUAGUAAUUCUGAACGAACUGUAAACGCUGGGAAGGAUCAAGAGACACAAAAACAGUACAAUUGUAGUAGUUUUGUCUGAGAAGCAACCUAGGAGUUGUAAUCAGCUCAAUUCAUAUCCUGCAAUUAUGUGGUAUAUCUAGAUCCAUCAAGUCUCAUAGCCUUCGAUGCACUGAAUCUUUUAUGCGGGAAAAUGUUGUGGAUGAGAUGAGACAUAUACGCCCUGAUGAUGAAAGCAAGAAAAAGAUGCUAGAAAUACUCAAACGUUUUCAUGCUGAAGAUGAUGAUGAGGAUAGUAUGGAUGAGGAUGAGCCAACUCUAUCAGAGGAGACAAUUCAAAAAGUUCUAUCAGGUGGCGAAAUAAAUUAUGAUGAAUUAAGUGAUCAAGAGAAGAAACUAUUCCAGCGAGCUAUAGCAACUGGAGAAUUGAGCAAGAUGAUCGAGCCAUGGGAACCAUGGUGGUUGAAGCCUUCUGCUCAUACAAUAUCUCUUAGUCACGAUGCAUCCAGACUCAUUCAGCCUUUAGAAAGCAAAGAAACAUCAGCAGCACACUCUGCUACAAACCUUGAGAGUGAAGUACCACCUGGUCCAGAAACACCAUUACCACCGCUUAAGUUACUCACUUCCGCAGAGCCUUCCCCAUUUCUCGCUUUUCAUCUGGUUGACAUCCUAUAUAGUUACUGUUUCACCCUUCGUCUUUACAACGGGGAUUGGCAGUCUGAUGCUCUCGGUGCUUCCAUGGUGGUUAUAAGCAUAUCCUCUGUUUUGGGGCAAGGAUCCCAACCAGAAUCCUUGGUAGAAGCUGUUUCGUACUGCUUAGAGCAGACUUGUUCUCCGGCUUUUAGACACAUGGGUGGUUCACAAUUCGGGUUUGGUGUUCUCGAUGACAUAGUAUCCAUAAUGUCCUUGGGAAGGGCCGCACUUGUAUGUGCACUAGCAGACAUGCAGAGGAUAGUCGAAUCAGGAGAAAAGGAGUUUAAAUCCUUAAAAUCAAAGAAAGCAAAGAGUUCAGAGGUUAAGAGCAAACUCAAGUUUGCUGGAAGGAAGAUAUAUUUUAUCAUGUCUUGGGUAAAUGAGCAGCAAGAAGAAGUUUGGUCAACUCUAUCAGCUCAUGUUAAGGCUGAAAAGACGGUACAGUUGGAAUCCCAGGGAAGCGGAAGGAAGAGACCUCUGAAGGUGGAGAAGAAUAACAAUGGACACAACCUAAUAGAGGAGGUUUAAUAAGGAGUCCCAACUUCAAAUCAUUGUAUGUAUGUUGUGCUAUUAUCAUCUUAAGCUAUCUAUAGAUAUUUUUUGGAUCAUCAGGUAGCAAUUUUUUAGCAUGAGAGACCGAGGGAUUUUCAUUUGUAGGUCAUUUUGAGACGAGGGUCAUUCUGAUCAGUUUUGUAUCUUUUAUGGUACGGGUAUGAUCUAUCGUCAUUUGACCUGGUCAUAGUUUCUAUGAGCCCAAUAUAUUGAAUAUCACCAAGAUGAUGAGAGACCGAAGGAGUGUACAUUAAUUAGCAUUUCUGUUAAUGUGAGAUUAUCGUCUUCGUGUAACAUGAUAAGUCUUUUUGGAAAUAAACAUACAAUCAGGUUGUGAUCCUCCCCAAA